AUGUUUUCAACACAUCAAAAACAAACAAUAAAUUAUUUCACAGACAUGAAUUUGCUUCACCACAUUUUGAUUUUUUUAAUAGGACUCGGGACUUCUGUGGCAGUCAGACAUGAGAGAUGUUCGUUCAUCGCAAAUCCUGGCCCUUGCAAGGGAAUUUUUGAAAUGUUUGCCUACGACUUGGAAAAUAAUAUAUGCGUAGAAUUCAUAUACGGUGGUUGUGGCGGAAACCCGAAUCGUUUUCAAACUAAAGAGGAAUGCAUACUUCUAUGUAAUGCAUUAGCUGAUGAAGACGACUACCUUGUAGUUGAUACUGACAAAAAUGAACAACAAAUAACAGAUGACACGACGUCAUUCAAUAUAACCACAUUGUCAGAAAGUUUGGAAAUUACCACGAAAAGAGAAAAUAUUAAUUAAGAGGUUAUUAUUUAAGAAAUGAUUUACAACUUACCAUAAAAUCUUGAGCAAUAGCCACGACAUUAAGUAGCUGAUGGUGCCAACACCAUUCCAACAACGAAUUUACUCGAAUUGUCGAUUUCCUUAUAACCAACAGCACUGGUUGUGUGUUUAGCAUACGUAGAUUGCGGUAUAAAAUUUCCAGUAUGUCUUCCGGUGAAUCGUUAACAAAAGCUAUUGUAAGGACAUUAUGUGACGGAUUUUCAAGCAAAUUAUAGGCAUCCCUAGAGUGCUCUUUAAUUUGAAGCACGGGAAUAGGAAGUUGCCACAAGAUAUCCAACCAAGUCGGAUCGAAGUUGCCCAAAAGCAGAACAUAUUCAAUGUUAAGUUCACGCCUCAGUUGAUGAAGUAAACUAUGAUAGGAGCUAUCCCCGCCAGGACAAAGGAGAACCAAGGCGACUAACAGUAUGUGCAACUGACCCAUGUUGAAUGUGGAAAUGGUUUUCCACUUCCAACUUAUAUGUUGUCCUUUCAACUGCCAUCAACGGCACCCACGGGAGAAGAGGUGUCGCAACCAACUUUUGAUUUAUUUAAUAGUGUAAUUAAGUAAUUGGAUAAUAUACAUAUGUGGCCUAA